AUGAUGGAUCGGCUCCCUCGGGAGCUAGUCGAAGAGAUUGUACUAGCCUUUUCGCACAUUGCUACCAAAAAUGACGUCCUGGACAAGCGCCUAGUCUGCCACGACUUCAACCGCAUCUUACGGCCGCUUGGCUGCCGCACGCUUGCCUUGGAUACGACGCGGCUCAACAAGCAAUCCAAGCAUGCUAGGCCCCGCCCAGAAGCCCUGCAGACCAUAGGCUAUCGCUGCAAAGCUCUGCAUGUCGACAUGAGCGUUCUGCGAGAUGACUACGAAGUUGACGCAUUGAUGAAUAUGCUUCUGGACGUCCCUAGCUUGAGUUAUUUCUUGGUAUCCUUACGAUAUUCUCUUCUACUGCCGCGAUAUCGAUCGCGUCCGCAUUUGCCUCCCGUUCCCAAUCACUGGUGGCAGCGGCCCGAGGAGGACUCGGCAACGCUCAAGACGCUCGUCCUUGAAGGCGUCGCCGAUGACACCUUGUGCGAGCUGUGGAUGAACCCCUCGGAUGUUAUGAACAUGCAAAACCUGCUUUCAUUAGUCGAGACGCUCGUGCUUCAAAUUAGGCGCCUCGGCCCCGAGUCCUUCCCCGCCAGCAUGUUUGGCGCCGCCAUGUGGAACAUGAUCUACAACGCGGUCAAUGUGCAAUCACUCACUUUAGCAUCGGCGACCUUUCUCGCUCCUUGUGACGAAAAAAUAGAUAUCACGAGGUCUGGUGGAGAGAGCCAGGCACAAUGGCAAGAAAGAAGAUUUCCUGGUCCCGGCGCGCAACUGGCCCCGCCCAAGCCUACAUAUCUUGAACUCAGAGACGUUGCGCUCCUUCCAGACGAUCUGCUUCGCAUAGCUACCGCUUUUGGGCCAUCUCUGGAAGAACUUCACAUGAAUGAAGUUUCUAUCAUGACGCAUCAAUCCGUAGGACAUAAUACGCGCUCAGACAUGCAUCUCUGGGUCGGUCUCCCAAAUGAGGACCCUGGCCAGCGCCUGUGGAUGGCGAUGCGAUUCCGCGCGCUCAUGCCGAAACUGCGCAUUUGCCGCUGCUCCAAACUCGAUUACAGGCUUUACCUCCACGCCGAAAAGCCUAUUUGCGAAACAUUCGACAGGGCCGAUCCCGCUGCGAUUGGCCGGCCCCUCUCGCAGCGCUUCGUCGAGGUAGUGAUGGGCCAUCGCCAGCCGCGGCUCCCGUCUGGCGAGCCCAUCUUCUACCAUUCACACGACCCAGAGUUCAGCAGCCUCACGUAUGUUCUCUCCGAACGGCGAGCGCGCAUUCCCAUCUCCGAGCACGACUACGUCGCGCACAGGCUCGCGGGCAUCGACGCCGGCCGACGGUACGACUACGAGUACAGCCUGGACGGCCAAUUUCGCAACUGUAUCGACAACUCGUUUCAAGAGCUCAGUUACCUUUUCGACCAGGUCCACUCGGGAAUGCGUGCACUCAAGCUUUUGCCAGGGCCGGAGCCGGAGGAGCCAGAGCCGGAGUUGCCAGAGCCUGAGGCGAUAGGAUGA